CGCACUCUUUACGCGACUAGAGACGUUAGGCGCGCUUUAUCCUGGAAAAUUCAAACGGGUCAGAAUGGACUUUAUGAGAUAAUGGAUCAUAAGGGGAAUGUAAACAGACUGGCUUUCUUUGAACACAACAAUGUAUCAUCCACCAGAAGACUAUUUCACUGUUCCUCAGGUCCCUAAACCUGGUGACAUGAUUACACCAGUCAAAACAAUGCAUAAAACAGGUCGCAAUUGGGUUCCCAGUGUAACUGGGUCAGGCAGAAAACUUUCAAACCGAGACAUUGUGAUGAACUCCACAGCACAGUGUGCCGAAGAACACAGCCCAAAUAUCCCCUGUGAACUCAGCACCAUCAAUGCCACUGCAGAGGUUGCCCUUGCCAACGCUGACCUGAUGCUGAAAAGGGCCACUGAGACGCCAGCAAAGAUUUUUGCAAGAAUGAAGGCAAAAGUUCAAAUUCAAAAUGCUGUAGGAAAUGAGGUUGCCUCUGAGCCUGUAAGAAACAAAGAGAAGUGUAACAGUGCCCCUUUGAGCUCCAAGAUCCAGUACUCACAAAAGAGGAACCCCAACCAGGAGGCAUAUGUUUUAGCCCUUUCUCCUCCACGGUCACAGAAAGAAGUUCCACAGGAUGAAGAGAUGGACUUUCCUAAAGAGAACCGUCCCAUCAAUGUCGAGAAAGUGCCUGGCAGGCCAAAUGAAACCUUUAAUACAGAGUCAUUUAUUGAACCGUAUGUUUUGCUUGAGAAGCUACCCGGGGGUGUGUUUCCUGAGAUGAAGGCAAAGCAAAAGCAAUUUCCAGAGAUAAAUAUUUUCAACAAAUACAGACGUGGUUGUGCUGUAUUUGGUGAGAGAAGCACUUUGACUGAUUCAGCAGAAAAAGAUAACACAGAAGAUGGCUCAAAAAUGGAUGUUUCCAGUAGUCCUGGGUCUUAUACCCUUUGCCAAUCAGAGUCUCAGUCAGAGUGCACAGAUCUGGUCCCAGGACCUCCUCAACCCCCUCAUAAUCUGCUAGAGGAUCCUCUCCUGCAGCUCUCUCCACGUGUCUUGAUCCCACGAAAGCAAGCAUCCGUGAUUCAGUCUAAACAUCAAGGUAGACUAAUGGAUUCAGAUGAAGGAACCGACGUGAGAGGGAUUCGUUUAAAAGACUGGGUUUUGAAACUGCUCAACAAAGACCUUGUGGUUGACGGUAUUCGGAUAGACACUAAGAUACCCUGGCAUAGCAGUUUUAUCACUGAAAGAAUCUCAAGUAAUGUGCUUAAGACCACAUCGGGCAGAACAUAUGUGCUUAUUGGGAGAAUGGCUAAACAUCCCAAACCAUCAUUUCCAUCCUGGUUUUUAAAGAAGUUUCUAUUUGGGUUUCCAAAAAUGUGGAAGGAGUACCUGGGUCAGUUUUUGAUUGAGCAUGCUGGAUCCCAGAAAACUCAGAAAGAUGACAACAGUGUGAAACCUUCCAAAGCCAAAAAUCAACAGGCCUCUAAAAAGUCAACAUCCAAACAACCCAGGCUUCAAGUCAUUACAACAUCUACAAUUACUCCCACUGACAGCAUACUACAGGGUAGUGCAAAGGUGUCACGCAGUGGCCGACUCAUCAAACCUCCUUUGGAAUAUUGGAAAGGAGGGAGGAUUGUUAUGGACUCUGACAUGAAUGUCACCAUUCAUGAAGACUACGCUACCUCAGUGGCAUCCACGCCCAAGAAGCCAGUAACUAUGGCAACAGCACAAAUCACAAAGGAUCAACCAACCAUGCCUGAAACUCUGAGAAGAGGGAGGCAUAACACAUCUAGCAGUGAAGAUGAAUUGUCAGUACCGAGGAGGAAGAUCAAGCAGCAUUCCAAAUCCCAAAGGAGGGACCCAUUUCAGAGCAAUCCAUCUCCAACAGAGAGCACCACUGCACCAUAUAAUUCUGCAAGAGGUCAGAAAGCAUUCACAGUGAUGGCUUCUAGCUCUAACUUAAGCCGUGCAGCUAAACAGAAAGCUGUUGAACAUAGUCGGCCUCAAAGAACCUCACUCAAGGAACAUCUGUCAAGUUCUAUAGAGGAAAACACAGCAUGUUCUGGGUCAGAAAUGACUGAGAAGUACACUAAAGCUGUUUCAGUCAAUGCUACAUCUGACCAACAUUCUCAUUGCCCACUUGUACGUGGGAUGUCCUCUGAUGAGCAGAAUACAGGCACUGAGAAUGAUCAGAGGUUAGUGCGCAACAGCAAGUCCUCCCAAAAACGAAGUCAGGGUGAACUGCGCUCCAUGCCACAUUCUGACUCCGAUAACAAUUCCUUGCGACGAAGUUCUCGCAUAUGCUCCAGAGUACAGUACUCCACAGACUCAAACAGCUCUUUUGCAUCACCAGACCCUGCAAAAACAUCACAAAUAUGUACCGGAAGAGGCUCCACUGACCAUAUAUGGCUAACAAAACCUAAAACAAAUGGGGUCACAAGCCACAAGGAACAAAAUAAACCAGAUGAAGUUAAAGUUUCACGUAGACCAAAAAAGAUUACUCAGAAGUUUUCAGAUAAUUUUUUGGUCCGAGAUUCUGUUGAUUUGCCCUCUGAUAAUGAUGGAGAGAGAGAACAGCAAGACAAGAGGGCCAUAUUGAAGAAAACAAGGCAAAAGAAAGGUUCAGGUAAAUCCAAACUCAAAACAAAUGGACACUUGGUUUCCUCACUGGACAUGCAUUCUGAGCAGUCAGAAGAUGUGGAAAGUGUUCAUCAUAAUGUUCCAAAUAACAGAAGAUCAAAGAAAUCUGACACAGAAAAAGCAAGCACCAGAUGCAAAAAGGCACACACAGAAAUCAGCAAUGUGAAUGAAGAUGAUGCAUUAGAUGGAAAAUGGACAGAAGAAGAGCUACAAAAACUACAAGAGGCUGUGAAUUCAUUACCUAAGCACAAGAGUGGUUACUGGGUAAAUGUUGCCUAUUUUGUUGGCACCCGUUCAGCUGAAGAGUGUCAGGAACAGUGUAAUGCCCAUCUAAAUACAAACAGAAGACCCAGAAAAAGACCACAGAAGAAACCAACUACAACUGUGGAACCAGGAAAGGAAGUUGUUGAAAUAACUGCUAGAGCAGGAACGCUUAAAAGGAGACAUCAGAUGAGAUAUUUUUUGGAUCACAUGCCCAAAGAUGACCAUGAUGAUGUCUUUGCCAGCUCACCUAUGCAGAAUAAACAAAUCAAGCUGCCUAUAAUGUCUGCAAAUGGAGAAGAAGAAGAUUUCAGCCAGCUUCAGGACCCCGAGACACCGAAUUCUAGCAUAAUUUCUGCUGUGAAGACCCCUCAGUGUCUGCACAUCAGCCCAGGAAUGCUGGGAUCCAUUAAUAAGAACAACAUGGACAAGUACAUUUUCCAUCUCAAGAAUAAACGGAAAGGACAGAAACAGGGCAAAAAAGCGGCACUAAUGGACAAACUUUCACCAACUCCAGCAGUCAAGAAGACCCUAAAGAGAUGUGUUGCUGAAGAUGAUGACUUUGUUGUCUGGAAUAUGCUCUCAGAUAAGGAAACUCAUUUGAGAGGUGAUGACAGUGAUGAGGAGGAUGAUUACUUUAUGGAAUAUUGUUGAGUUUCACUAUUAUUGUUCAGUAUUUGUAAAAUGUGUCUUUAAUCAGCUAGUUUCCUUAUGAUGAGACUGAUUUAUCAGUACAGUGUUGGCCGUCACUUAUUUUUACAAUAUUUUAGGAUUACCAAGCAUCCAUUUGUUUUAAGUGCUAUUUGGGUUGUGGUAAAAGAACUUAACUCCAGAAUGAAUGCCAACAUUCUGGAGCAAACAAGUCAGCUCAAAUUAUGAAAUUUUUUUACAUGUAAAAUGUACUUUUUAAAAAGAAAUGGGUUCUUCAGCAAUGCAGAUUUUCAAAGUGGGUUAUAUUGUGUUUUUUGGGGGGGUUCAUAUUCUGAGUGGAUGUUAUGUCAUCAAAUUGUAAUUAAUGAAAAUAAACUCAGUAUAAAGUUUUGAUGCAAAAGAGACAAUAUGUUCUAACUAAUUACCAUACAAGUUACUUUAACAACUUAAAAUGCAACAUUUUAAAUAAUUUUAUUUGAUUUGCGUUGUAAAUAAAUAUAUAAGCAAAUGCAAUGUUUGAACAAAUAAAACAAUCUUUGUCCACCAUUUGUAGUUAAGGAAAUUUUGGCAGAACUCCUGAGCUAUCAAUACAUUUAUGUCAGUUCUGCACUAGAGCUGUUUAGUUUUAUUUUUUUCUUUAUUUU